GACCAUGUCCCGCCAAUAGAAGACCAAGAAACAACAAUAUUAGUUUAUCGUAUAUAUAUAUUUAUAAUAUGCACUAAAGACUUGGUUGCAUGUUAUAGGGCGAGUUUAAAACGACGAAGAAGUAGUCACCAAAGUUAUUUUAUAUAUGGAAAAUCAUCAUCUUCUCCUCAACAAUGCAGGGAGCUAAAAUUAAUAGCAGUUAGGCCUUUGUAGUAAAAAAUGUUUAGAUUGGGUAUGGACCCAACAAAAUAAUAAUAUAUACUUUAAAAUUGGGUAUGGGCCCAAAACCCAAAUCUUUUUUUUUUUUGCCUACCCUUAAAAACGGGCCAGCAUGGGCCACACACAAUUUCAAUUUUUUCCCUCGAAGAUUCUUGUAGCCUAAAUCCACGUUUUUCAUUUCACAAAAGAAAAUGAGAAUACAUGAUUCUGUGAAACUUCGAUUCAAAAUUCUCUAGAUCUUGAUACGAGUUUUUUUUUUUUUUUUUUAAAUUGUUUCUUGGUGAUGAUCGUGGAGUAAGCUUUUCAUAAUCGAUCACCAACUGAACAAAUUAUGGAGAUUUAGUUGAUAAAAUUUUAGUCUUUGGCUGGUUUGGUUUAGUUUUCUCGUCUUUGAUUGGAUUCUGUUUCAUUUCGUUCUCAGGUUUUUCAAAAGCUUUUGAAAGGAAUGGGUGACAUGGACGAUUUCACGGAUUUGAUUAGGAUAAAGAUUAAGAUAUUGCAUUAUACAACACAAAACUUAAGUGUGGAGAGAACGAUCCAUGUAAUAGAAUUGAAGCAAGAAAUUUCUUACUAUUGUGGAGUGUCGCCGGAACGACAACAUCGCUUGUUGUUCCGCGGAAGACUUUUGAAGAAUGAUCAAAGCUUAUCAGAUUACAGAAACGACACUCUGUAUCUGGUUGAAGGACCACCACCAUUUCCACGAUCCUCUAGUAAUGCACGUGUGAUUCCAUAUUCUAUCACAACCUUAUCUCGACAUCUGAAUCGUUUAAGACAAGUGUUUGCUACCUAUGGUAACAAUGAUGAUAACAACAGGCAAGCUCCUAGCCGUUCUAGGGAAGAUCUGAUCGCAGAGUUGGUACAUACGACAAGGCGAUUGUUGAUUGGUGAAGUUGCUGAAUCAUGUUUAUCAAAUAUUUCAAUGCUGCUUGUGGAUGAAGUAAAUGUCACGGAUCCAUCAGCCCGAAGAUUGCGGCAAGAAAGAGUGGUUGAAUCAGGAAGCCUCUUGUGUAACUUAGGAAGUUCACUUCUUGCCACCUCAAGAAUUAGCAUGGGAGAAACACAGGAUGAUGUUGGUCGUGUAGUGUUCAUAUCCCCAACAGGGCAAAAUCGGUAACAGUCACAUCACUCUUGGCUGCAAACAAGUAUCGGAGCAGGAAGGAGCAUAAGAGUUAUAAUUUCACGUCGGAGAUCAUCGAGGAAUCAACAACAUUUCGAUCUCUAUUUCGAUGCAUCUCAAAAUGUAGACAAUACCUCCUCUCCUCGACUUACCACAGAUGAAGAGCUUUCAGAUUCAGAUUCAGAACAUGAGAUGGUAAACACUAACACAGUAACUACUUUAAACAUAUACUAUAGCAAAGCCAAGAAAGAGAUGGUUGGAGUUUCUGCCUCUGAGACACUGUUUUUGGAUGUGGAUGACGCAGAGCGAGUGAAAAAGGAAGCAAUUAGAGACGCAAAAAAGAAAGCUUUUAUAUUGUUUUCACAUUAGACUACAACACUAAAAAAGUCUUUUCUUAUUUGUUCAUCAUAUAAUAACACCACCUUUGUUAUAAUUAUUUUCCAAUAAGAACUGAUCCUUUUAAAGUCA